AAUUGAAAGCGUAAAGUAGUUCAGAACGGAAUUUAAAAAAGUCAACAAAUCAGAAAUUAAAAGCGCACCGAACACUGCGAGGAUUUUCAAUUUAAUUACAGUGAACAAUAAUUAAUAUUGAUUAGACACUACGCAGAUGACGUUAUUCAGUUGUUACCGAAGAAAGUUGAUAAUUGUGUAAAAAAUAAAAUGAGUUCGGAGUACGAUAAAUUGGCGCAGAAACAAAUCAACAUUUUGGUUCCGGAAAGAGACUUAAAAACGGAUAUAAUUUUUAUAAAGGAAAAAGAUGUGGAAUCAGUUACAUAUACCACAAUAUCGAAUAGUACCGCUCAGGAAAAGUGGGGUAAAGAAAUAGAGUUCUUGUUUUCAUGCAUUGCGCUAUCGGUGGGUUUGGGUAAUGUAUGGCGUUUUCCAUUUAUUGCACUUGAAAAUGGUGGCGGAGCAUUUGUUAUACCAUAUAUAAUAGUCCUAAUGUUGAUUGGACGGCCAGUUUACUAUUUAGAAGUUAUACUUGGGCAGUUUUCAGGCAGAGGUUGCAUAAAAGCAUUUGAUAUGGUACCAUUAAUGAGAGGUGUUGCUUAUGGACAAGUGUAUUCAACUGCAGUGGCUACCACAUAUUACGCUUGUGUCAUGGCCUUGACUUUAAAAUACCUAAUAUCAUCUUUUGAUGACAUUUUACCUUGGACUGUGUGUAAACCGGAGUGGGGUAAUGCUUGUGUUGCUACUGCAAAUAUGACUUCUACUAAUGGCACAACAGAAAAACAUAUAUCAUCUGCAGAAUUAUUUUUUACUAAAACAGUACUACGCGAGAAAGAUAAUAUUAGUGAUGGUCUUGGUGAACUUAACUGGGAUUUAGUAAUAUGUUUAUUAAUUGCUUGGAUUUUAAUUGGUAUCAUUCUAAUUAAAGGUAUUCAAAGCUCUGGCAAAGCCUCAUAUUUUUUGGCUCUUUUUCCAUAUGCGGUUAUGUUUAUUUUAUUAUGGCGUGCUAUUACGCUUCCGGGUGCAAUGAAUGGUAUUAUAUAUUUUUUGAAACCUCAAUGGGAACAACUACUAAGUGCAAAAGUUUGGUAUGCUGCAAUAACUCAAAUGUUCUUCUCAUUGGCAAUUUGCUUUGGAACCUUAAUUAUGUAUGCUUCUUACAAUGACUUUAGAAAAAAUGUUCAUAGGGAUGUAAUAAUAAUAACUUCAAUCGAUUCAUUAACAUCCAUACUGGCUGGAUGUAUUAUUUUUGGUAUUCUUGGAAAUUUGGCAUAUGAAACAAAUUUGACUGAUAUAGCUAAUGUUGUCAAAGGAGGAACAGGCUUAGCAUUCAUUUCUUAUCCUGAAGCUAUAGCGAAAUUUAAAUACUUACCAAAAGUGUUCGCAGUUCUUUUCUUCCAGAUGUUGCUUGUGCUUGGUAUAGGUAGUAAUAUUGGCAUGACGUCUUGUGUGAUAAAAGUAAUAAAAGAUCGUUUUGAACAUUUGCCACAUUGGCUGCUAGCAAGUAUGCUCUCUACAAUAGGAUUUCUAUGUGGAUUGAUUUAUGUAACACCUGGUGGACAAUUUAUACUCAAAAUCGUCGAUUUUUUUGGUUGUUCUUUUAUAGCGUUAGUUUUGGCUAUAGCGGAACUUGUAGCAAUAAGUUGGAUUUAUGGUGUAAAACGCUUAUGCCGUGAUAUAGAGUUUAUGUGUAAUAUUAAAACUGGAUUUUAUUGGCGAAUAUGUUGGUCAAUUAUUACUCCUGGUCUAAUGUUUAUUGUUUUAAUUUAUACUCUUAUCACAUAUGAGCAGUUGGAAUACAAAGAAGUUAAAUAUCCUGAACAUAUAUAUAAUAUUGCUUGGCUUAUAUGGGCUAUAGGUGUGGGGCAAUUGCCAUUAUGGGCUAUUUAUGCUGUGUAUCGGCAACCUGGUAGCACGUUUAGAGAGAAAUUCCAACAAGCUAUAAAACCAACAUGUACAUGGGGUCCAUCAGACCCAAAAGUAUUUGAAGAAUAUAUCUUACAAAUGAAAGAGUUUCAUAUAUGUGGAAAAAAUAUAUUUGAAAAAUUUUAUGACAAUAUUUUCGGCUAAUUGUUGAUUACUUGCUUCUAUUACUAUAGACAUGA